AUGAAUCAGAGUCAAGUUAUGGAAGAAGGAAUGGCUACAAGCAACAUCCUUCCUCACAAUCCUGUGACCCAAGUGAUGAUGACUGGACAACAAACACAAGAUGUGAAAACAGCUGGAGUGCCUCUCAGUGACUUCAUUUUGCAGUUGGAAGAUUAUGCCACAACUAUUCCUGAUUCCGUCACAGCUUACUAUUUGAAUAAAGCUGGUUUUGAUGCCUGUGAUCCAAGAAUUGUCCGUCUGAUCUCAGUAGCUGCCCAAAAGUUUGUCUCUGAUGUUGUUAAUGAUGCACUUCAACAUUGCAAGAUGAGAGCUUCAGGGCAAAGUUCCAAGAAACAAGGAAAGGACAAACGUUUCACCCUUUCAAUGGAUGAUCUUGUUCCUGCUCUAUCAGAAUAUGGUAUUAAUCUAUAUUUUCCUAGACUUCUCUCACUUUCUCUUUGUUUUUGUUUGUCCAAAAUUCUCCCUACUUCCUCUUUGUUUAUACCCGCCUUCCUCUCCUCUUUCUUUACAUCCCCCCCCCCUUUUCAUUUUGGUUAUAUUUCCCCCAAUCUUUCCACCCUCUGUCUACUCACUUCCUCCAUUUAG